UUGGAUCCUUGUGAGCAGAGUUAAGGUUAGACUUUGAUUAAAACAAAAUAAAAACACACGAAGCUGCUGAUUCUCAGUGGAGAAUGGACUUUGGGUGGCCCGAGGGGGUGGGGCUGGCCCUCUCCUACCCGCCACUGCCCUUUACUCCCCCCACCCAGCCCCCGGCUCCCCAGGGGACUGGGUCACUCUGGACCUUGCUACUUCCUGCUCCUGGCUGCCACUGCUCAGAGACUAUGGAGCUGUGGAAGCAGCUGAGGCAGGCUGGACUGGUGCCCCCAGGGCUGGGCCCACCCCCGCGGGCCCUGAGGGUGGUGCCCCCAGUGAAGAGGGUGGAUCAGACCCUCAUGUUCCCAGGGGCUGACACUGGAGGUGCCAGGGAGAGUCUGCUGUGGCUCUGGAAGGAGCUGGUGAACCUCCGCCUGGUGGAUGUCCAGCUGCUGGGCCAGCUAUGCAGCCUGGGCUUGGAGAUGGGGGCAAUUCAGGAGGAACUGAUCACCUUCCUGGAAGAGGAGGAGGACAGAGAGCUGGAAGGGAAGCAGGAGGGGGCCUGCGGUCCAGCCCCAGGUCACCGCCUCCCUGACUUUGAAAUGACUAUCUGAGGCCCUGCUGCUGUACUUUUGGACCCAUGAAUGGUAUGUACCCCAGAAGUGGAAUUCCUGGAUUGUACAGUGAGUCUCUGUGUAAUUAUUUGAGGAAGUACCAUACUGUUGGCUCUACCAUUUGUCAUUCCCACCAACAGUGCACAAGAGUUCCAACUUUCCACCUCCUCGCCAACACGUUAUUUUCUUUUUUUUUUUCCUUUUUUCACGAUAGCCAUCCUAAUGUCUGUGAGGUGAUACCUCAUUGUGGUUUUGAUUUGCAUUUCCCUAAUGACUAAUGAUGUUGAGCAUCUUUUCCUGUGCUUAUUCAUCUAUUUCUU